GGCUGCAUUAUGCAAUGUUGCUGUGGUUGACGCCCUGAGAUGGCCAAAGCAGGCACCAAUGAACUUCGGUUACCAUUGGAAGAUGGGGAGCCUUCUCUACAGGUCAAAGACGAGUGGACAGAGACCAGGCCAGAAAUUUUGGGUGCUGUGAAAAUUGAGGCGGUUUGCACAGACGAUGGAGAGAGUUCCACGCACAGCGCGGGGGAAAGGGACUCGGCUUUGGGUCCAGCUGAGGAGCCGACCCGCAAGCGCAAGAAGGGCCCUGCCCCAAAGAUGUUGGGGGACGAGGUGUGCAGCGUGUGUGGGGACAAGGCCUCGGGGUUCCACUACAACGUCCUCAGCUGCGAGGGUUGCAAGGGCUUCUUCCGGCGCAGCGUCAUCAAGGGGGCGACGUACACCUGCAAGAGCAGCGGGCAGUGCCACAUGGACAUGUACAUGCGCCGCAAAUGCCAGGAGUGCCGCUUGAAAAAGUGCCGACAGGCGGGCAUGAGGGAGGAAUGCGUUCUCUCUGAAGAGCAGAUCCGGAAAAAGAAGAUCCGUAAACAGCAGGACGGGGAAGGGGUGUCAGGUGGGGAAGGGGGUGGAGGUGAGGUUCUCCGGGUGCCCCCUGUGCCCUACGAUCCCACCCUGCUCCAGCCCGAGCCAGCCCCCCUCACCCCCCAGCAGGAAGGCAUGAUCCAGCAGCUGGUCGCCGCGCAACAGCAAUGCAACAAGAGGAGCUUCAGUGACCAGCCCAAAGUCACGCCUUGGCCUAUGGGCAGCGACCCCAACAGCCGGGAGGCGCGCCAGCAACGCUUUGCCCACUUCACGGAGUUGGCCAUCAUCUCUGUGCAGGAGAUUGUGGACUUUGCCAAGCAGGUGCCUGGCUUCUUGCAGCUCUCUCGGGAGGACCAGAUCGCGCUUCUCAAGGCCUCGACUAUUGAGAUCAUGCUAUUAGAGACAGCACGACGCUAUAACCAUGAGACGCAGUGUAUUACGUUUCUUAAAGAUUUCACCUACAGCAAGGAUGACUUUCACCGUGCAGGCCUGCAAGUGGAGUUCAUCAACCCCAUCUUUGAAUUCUCCCGGGCCAUGCGGCAGCUGCAGCUGGAUGACGCUGAGUACGCCCUCCUCAUCGCCAUCAACAUCUUCUCCGCUGACCGGCCCAACGUGCAGGACCACGGCCUGGUGGAGGCACUGCAGCAGCCCUACAUCGAGGCCCUCAGUUCCUACAUCCGCCUCAACCGUCCGCAGGACCACCUGAUGUUCCCACGCAUGCUGAUGAAGCUGGUGAGUUUGCGGACCCUGAGCAGCGUACACUCUGAGCAAGUCUUCGCUUUGCGUCUUCAAGACAAGAAACUUCCACCACUUCUCUCCGAGAUCUGGGAUGUUCACGAGUAGAUAUCU